AUGGAAAUAAAUAAAUUGAAUGAAGUUAAUCCAGAUGAUUUAGAUGUUAUCUUUAGAGGAAUCCAAUUAUUUAUUGAUCAAAAGGAGAACGAUUUAGAUACAACUAUACCCUUGCUAGUUGAUAAAUACAAAUAUUACUAACUUCAGGAUCAUGAUAAAAAAUUGUUCCACCGAUUCUAGAUUAGAGUAUCGGAGUUAAUCGAGAAGUGCAAAAAUCAAAACGCCAUUAAUUACGUAUUGAGCAUCAGAGAUAUACUUAAUUAUAAGGCAUAGAAUUUUGCUGUUAUACUAACUAAAGUUCAUAAAAGGUGCGAAAUACAAACCAAACAAUAAAACGAGGGCAACCCAUAAAUUCAAAUGAAGAAAUCAGUUCCUUCGUGGCAGUUAAAUAGUUAAUAAAAUCGAACGUUGUUCUAAUUUUAUGAUAUCGAUUUUUGGAAACUUUACGACAUUAUGCUUCUAAACAAGUAAGAGCUCCCCCCUUAAUUUAGACAAUAUUGCUCAAAUCUAAUCGUGUAUCAUCAAUCGAAAAAUGAGAAUGUAGAAAGAUUAUUCGCAUCCAGUUUAGAAAGAAAUUAAAGAUUUCUACAAUCCAGAAGCUUGCCAUUGAUGGAAAUAACAACUCUCGCUGACAAAGCCAAGAAAUUGAAAUUUCUCUAACUCAUCUCAACAAUGGAAACUCCUUAUGCAAAUAAGAAUAUUACAAUGUUUGGCAAUCAGAGUCCUACAAAAAAAACCCAAGUGAGUGUCAAACACUCCAUGUCGAUCAGUCCUCAGAGAACGCAGAGCAGAGAUCCUCAAGAUCAGGACAUCAGAAACAUUUUCGAUACAGAGAAUUGCAAUUUAUUCGAUACCAAUUACAAAGUCACCAGAGCCAAGAAUUUAUCCUUGCACAACGACAAGAAUGCUGCAGGCUCAACCCAAUUUAAGCAAAAGGGAAAAUCUAAAUUGCAGCAAGAAAACUUUAGUCCUCAGAAGGGGUGUAAAAAUCAAAAUUGGAUGCUUCCAGAAAUAAAGUCUCCUUUUCUUCAAGAUCAAAACGUUAGAUUCUCUAAUCAAACCUAUUCAGAUACACUAAAAUUAUGCGUUUACUUAGAGUCCGGAUAGAAGAUCAGCAAAGAAACCUCCUCUGGGAUCAGAUCUCAAUAGUACCCUUUGUUAAUAAUUGUUACCCAUUCUAAACAAUAAAAAGCUUUAUCCGAAAAUGAUUUUAAAUAAAUGCUAGUUAUUUAUUUCUAUAAUUAUUGUUUAUUUACUCUUCUACUUAUGGCAUCUUUCUCCAAUUUCGAUGAGAAAACCUCGUUGAUAAAUCAAUGCGUUAAGACUUUGCAAAUCGCUCCAUCCAGGAGAACAUAAAGUGAUUUAACUCUACUGUUGCAAUUGGUUGAAGCUAUUGCUUUUUUUAAAAAUCUUCAAUCUCAGAAUCCUGACAUCGUCCUCAGAUGUAUGUCAGUACUAAGUUACAAGACUGUAAAAAAAGAAGAAAUAUUGUUUCAUGUUGGCGAUCAAGGCUCUCUCUUCUACAUCAUUCUCAAAGGAUCCGUGGGAGUUUUCAUAUUAUUGCCCAGUCCUGACGAUUCCAAGAGGUUUGAGUUGAAGGAAGUGAACAUAUUAAAAGCUGGAAAUAGUUUUGGAGAAUUGGCUCUGUUGAAUGAUAAUGCAAAACGAACUGCAACCAUAAUAGCCAAAGAAGACUGUAUGCUUGCAAUUAUGGAGAAACAUCAUUUCAAAUCAAUUUUAGGUGCUUAAGAGCAACAAAAGGUUCAAGACAGGAUAGCAUUCUUGUGUUCUUUUCCAUUUCUAUAGUCGUGGUCAUUCAGGGAAAUUAAAACAUUUAGUUAUCAUUUUGAACCAAUUUAAAUAACAUUAAAUUAGGCGGUGAUCAAACAGAAUGAUUACUAGAAGGUAAGUAAUUUUGAGGUAACAUAUACAUUAAAUGAUUCGCACAAAUUGAAGGGAGUAUUUUCAACUCACAGCAUAUGUGUAUUGGGACCAGGAGAGUUUUUCGGAGAGGAAGCCUUCUUAAUGGAUGAUGGCAAGACUUUCAUAUUAAAACUAUUUAACAUAUUUUCUGUAAGGUGGUCAAGAGUGAAAUGUUCUGUGAUUUGUAGAAGUCAAUGCGGUUAAAUAUUAAGAAUCAGUAGGGAAGACAUAAUUAAGAGGUUUUGGGAUGAAAAAACACAGACAGUUUUUAUUUCAUUGUUGUAGUCCAUUCAUCAAUUCAGAUUGAAUAAGAAGAGAUACUAUGAAUAGAUAGCAGAUGAUAAAUUGAAAUAACUAAAUGGUUAGGAAGGGUUUGACUAAUUUGUUAAGCCUACUUUCAAAGCGAAGGUGAGAAAUAAUUGUGCAUUGAUAAGGCGAGAAACUCAAAUGGAUAAGUCUGAUAUGGAAUACUAAUUUUACAAGAGGCAGGAGAAGAAGGCUUUUGAAUAGUUUAAGAAGUUGUUCAAGGACAGAAAUUGUUCUUAUGCUUAGGUUAAGACAUUCUUCGAUUAAAAGACGAUUGGAUCUCAGAAUUAUAUAGAUCGAGAUUCCUAUUUUAAGUUGUUCUUUAGAUUUCCUUCUUAAUUGAAGAACAGCGAGAUUUCUUAGAAUUUAAGUUAACAGUAACCGAGCACUGCAAGGACUCAUUAUCGAUUGACGACGUAGCCAAAGGAAGAGCAUGAGAGAAGUGCUCAUUUUUCAACGAAGUUGAGGACACAACGAAUGUUGUAGAAGUUGAAAGUGAGUGAGGUAUAGCCAAAGAGCAAGACUGUUCACAGUAGCAACAGUCCUUUGAACAUUCAUAGACUGGAGCUGAGAAGAUUUGGGACUCAGAGUUACUUAUAAUUGAAAUGA